CGGCUGCAGCACCGGCGAGCAUUACAUCAUAUCGCAACAGUGAUAUUCGACGUCUGAUCGUUUUCCGUGUGUGUGGAAGGCCGCUGGUCCGAUAUCCGUCGCAGUACAUAAUAUAUAGACAUUGCGCGUUAACGCGAUGAUGCAUUUAUUAUUGUAAAUUGUUCCGACGCAACCGCAGCAGUUCUUCCGUUCGAUUACGCAUUUGGUCUUUGAUUAAACAAGUAGUUCAUAAUCGUGACAUGACGUCGUCAUUACCUUACAAACAAUUCGAAAAUGAUAACUGUUCAGACGACCAAUUGGAGCUCCAUUCGACGUCGACAGAGAUUAAUGUUUAUCAUGUUGAUGGUACUUAUGAAACAGUUUCAGUUACCCCGAGUACAACAUCUGAACAAUUAUGCUCUCAGAUAGCCAAAAAAGUUAUCUGCCAAUCUUACGACUGGUCGAUUGUGGAAAUUUGGAAAGACGAAGAGAUAGAGAGAACAUUAGAGAAUCACGAAUCUGUGUUAUUAUGUUACCAAAAAAUGGGACCUGAAAAAAACAGAAUAUUGGUGCUUCGUCUAAGCAAUAAAAUGUUUCACAUGUUCAAGCAUCCAGAAGAAUUCUCUCUUUAUAGAACAUGGGAUCUUAAUAAAAAAAAAGAAGCCAAAGUUAUACAGAAAGUUCUCAAUGGUGACAUCUGUCCGUUACAUUUUGGUCAGGUAUGGGUUUAUGAUUGUAAUAAGACAAAACCUUUCUGGGAUAUAACAAUUUUGUUGCUUAAGGAUAAAAAUCUGUAUCUCUCAUCAAAUCAUAAAACCAUAGUGCCACUCAUUAGGAGAGCCGGGAUUAGCUUCUUUCGCAACGCUAUUAUGUCUGGAACACGAGAUAAAUGUCAAGUACAAGUCUGGGCUUACCUAGGUGACUUCAGAAUAUUCACCACUACUAAAAGGGUAGCAGGCGCCCCUACAGAUCACUGCCUAUGUUUGGUGCCCGCUAGUGGCAUAAAGCAGUACAUUGCGUGCAGUUCCAAUAGAACUCAAUCUUAUUGGAUGUGCGCUAUGAGAUUGUCGAAAUACGGAAAACAAUUAAGAGACAACUACCGAUCAUUUGUGAAGAAGCACAACGAUGCUAAUGAAUAUGAAUAUAAUAAGAAGCCAUUGCCCAAUGAGAGCGUACGGUCCCACGUAGCUAUGGACUUUUCUGGUAAUGUUGGUCGUAUUGUAGAAGAUCCCAAAGAAGCACUUGCCAUUGCUCAAGCAGAGACUGGUAGUGUGCGACGAAGCUGGCGAUCCAGUGGUCGAACUACUCCUGGUCUUCAAACAGCUGUCACAAAACUUGAAAAUGAUAUUCACCUAUCUCAGCCAUGGUAUCAUAAAAACAUGAGCCGUGAUCAAGCUGCCAAUGUCCUUAAUGGACUUGGGAAUAAGGAUGGAGUAUUUUUAAUACGAGAGAGCAAAAGUAAAUGUGGAUCAUAUGUACUAACAUUCAAAUGUGGUGGUAAAAUUAUCCAUACACCUAUUGUAGCGCAAAUGGAUCCAAUUAAUGAUCAAGUUUGUUUUACGCUAGACAACGGUGUGAUCAAAUUUUAUGACCUUUUACAACUAGUAGAGUUUUAUCAAUUAAAUGCAGGUAGUCUGCCCACCCGACUGAUGCAUUAUGUUGUCCAAGUACCAGUCACCAAAUGAAAUUUGCAUUAAUACAAUGCACAGACGACAUAUACAGUUCCUGUUGACACAAAAUAUUCUCAUCCAAAAGGUGUGUGACCUAUAAAAUAAUGACACAAUUCUACAGGUAAAAUACCUACGGUUUAGGUAUUUUAAUUAUCUCGACCAUCAAAUUACUAAUUUUCUUUUUUCUCUUUUUUCUUUUUCUAACGUACCAUAACGUUAUUGUAAAAAAUUUGACUGAAUCGUUAAAAAACAUCUACCGUUUGCACUGUUCGGACUCAAAAAUUUUAUAUUUCAGUGUUACAAUUAGUUAUUAACGUGUAAUCCUAAUGGAUAUAAUAAUUUUGCGCGAUCAGUUCCUAGAUUAACUAGUUCGUAACAUUCAAUCAAGCACCUUUAGGACUUAUAAUUUAAUUGUAAUAUUAGAGAGAAUAAUAAUAAUAAAAAAAAUCAUUAAUAAUUAUUGUCAUUUAAAAUAUAAUAUAAUAUUUAUAUUGUGAUAACUUUUGUCUUGCAUUUAAGCAUGACAGACCAAAUAUUUAGCAUGUAAGCAUACCUAAUAUUAAAUGGAAAUAACAUAUUCUAUUUAACUUGUUUAACAUGGUAUUCAGUAGUCAAUGUAAAAGCAAUAAUAAUUGUUAUUAUGAACUUUGUAAGAUCCGUUAAAAACAAAAAAUUUAAAACUAGUUUAUGAUGUAUAUUAUGUGUGUAUAUUUAUAUAUAUAUUAUAUAUUUAUAUAUAUAUUAUAUGUUUAUAUAUAUAUAUAUCUAUAGACAGAGUGGACAAUGUUGUUUUUCUCAAUAGCUCACACGAGACAAUGGAAAAGUACCAUGGUCUACUCUGAAUACUUUAUGCAUGUUAGUAAAGCAAGCAGUAUCUACCUUCUAUAAUAUAGCAUAUCAAAAUGAAUAAACACUGUAUACAGCUCUUGAAAUAGUAAUAAUUCAUAUUACCUCUAUGAUACAAUUUUAAUCAUAUCUGUAUGUUAUACAAUUGUAUAACCAUUUAAUAGUUUUUAAAAUAACUAUUUUAUUUUUUCAUAUAUUUUUAUCAUUAUUUUUGUAAAAUAUUUUGAGACGUGCAUAGCAUGGAUGGUAGAUUACUUGUAACACCUACUAGUUCUUUAUGUGUUGUUUUCCAUCUGAAAAGUGAAGACUAAAGUCAACGCACUGUAUCCUGUUUUACUGCUCACAUUGUAACACUACAAUAUCCAAUAUUAUAAAUUUAUACCGUACAGAUAUGAUCUCAAAUUCUUCCCCCUUGGUAAUAUACUAUUUUCCUUACAAGAUAUGCAUUACCGUUAGGUAUUAUUAAAUAUUUAUUUGUUUGUUUUAAAUUUAAGACACACACUUUAUCAUAAUAUAUAUAAUACUGUAAAAUAUGAAAGCUUUUAUACAAUUAUAUAUGAAUGUAUGUGUGUUGAAUACCUUUGUGCUGUUGUUAUAAUUAAUAGUUUACAAAAUUCUCAGUGUUGUAAUUUGAAAUGUAUGCAAUAACUACAAAAAAAUAAAAAUAUAUUAACACAGAAACAAUAUAAUUGUACCUAAUUAAUUGUGAUAUACAAAUAAAUAUAGUUUUUAAUACAUACAUACAUGCACAUAUUGUAUUUAAGUUCUAAAUGUCUACACUAUACGUAUGUAUUAAUGUAAUGUGUGUGUUUCUUUCAUGAAAUUGAGGAUAUAUUAUAUUUAUGUGUGACAAGUAUAAAAAUAUAUUUAUAUCAAGCAAUCAAUAGGUGAUGACAUUAAUAUUAUAAAUGUUGAUUCCAUACUCCUUUCAAGGUGAAAAAAGUCAUGUAUAUGUGGAAACAAAUGUGAUAAGCGCAGUGCAAUUAAAUAAAUACACGCGAUAAAUAUAAUAUUCUUUUUCACAAUAAAUUAACGUUUAGAAUAUAAAUAACAAUAAAAAAAAACAUAUAUUAAUAUCAAGUCAAUGUUUAUGUGAUCAUUAAAGUACAAAAGACCCAUUAAUUUUAAUUUAUUUUUUCCCUGUAGAGUAUUACAACUAUUAUAUUACUUUGAUUUAUUUCAAAAGAAAACUAUUUAUUAAAAAAAAAAUAUAUAUAUGCGGAUUAUGGUCGUGUUUUGUAUAUCGACAUUUUGUGUUCCUACGAAUUGUUAUUAUGAAAAAAAAAAUUGUAUGAUUAUUAUAAUUUUUACAAUAUCUUACGUUGAAUGAUGUACCGUGUAUUGUAAUUCAAUAAUGUUUAGUUGAUAAGUAUUAUUUAAAAAAAAAUUAUAUAACUGUAUUAUUUGUAUUUUGAUGGAACUCUGCUCCCUCCCUUCCAAUAGUUAAAUUUUAUAGACAAUCAAAUCCUAGACAGUUUAAAAAUAAAACUAUUAUUAUAUUAUUUUUUUUCCAUAUGAUAUUGUAUUUAAUUGUGAAAUAGAAAACACAAUAUAACUAUAUUGUUGUAAUUUUGGUGUAUGUAAAUACUAUUAAAAAAUCUGUACACUGACAUGUCUUACGCAUACUUUAGAUUCGAUAAAGUGAUCAACAAUGAUGAAAAAUUAUAAAAUGUCAAUUUCUUGGCAAUGUAUGUUUUCUUUAUUAUAAUAACUAAUAUUAUGUAUUUUUGUAUAUUAAAUUUAAAUAAAAAAAACUUCAUGAAC